CGUGAGAAUUCAUCUUGUAUCAAAACCGCGCGGCCUAACUCGGAGGACGCUUGGCGAUGCUUCUUUUAAGGAGGUGCUACGGGUAGAGCACUAUUAGUACUCUACCACAGAUGUCGUUCAAGCGUAGUCUUUACUAUGACUGUCUUUGGCCUCUUUGAGGCCGUCUCACUGCAUUGGUGGUGACUAGGGAAGAGUUGAGACUACCUCAGGCCCACUCAGGCUGUGGGCGGCUCGCGAAUAAAGAAGUUUUGUUGUACAGCCCAAGUAGUAUAAGUCGUGACCGCCUCCAGGCGUCAGCGCUUCAGCCUUGUUGGAGCCUUUUACCUCUGACCUUCAAGAAUCAGGAAUGCCAGAAUCACAUCUAACGCCUCCCGCUCAAGGGCAACAAGAAAGCUCCGAAUUCUUGUUACGCCAAAUUCUCGAUGUGCUAAAGCAGUCGACCAUUGCUAAGAAACCACACCCAUCGGAGAACUGGAAUGGUUUUUGGGAUGUAUACGAUCAGGAAGCAGAAGAGUUCGACAAAUCAUUCGUUGAGAAGUAUGCCUUGGAUUUAGACAAUAGUCUAAUUUUCGCAGGUCUUUUUUCGGCCCGACACGACAAUAGUCUCUCAGCCAGUCUUCUAGCUGCUCUUGGAGCCGUCUUGGGCAAGCAGUGGCUGAGGGACUACCGAGACAACACACGAGGACCUCGUGAGUCUCGUCGCAUCAGGCGGCAGCUCAAAGUCGACGGGCUCGAAACGUGGCACUUUGAAGCCGUCCUCCUUGCGAUACCUGCAUUACUGCAGCUUUCUCUGCUGCUCUUCGGCACGGGUCUUGGGGCGUAUCUGUGGGCCCAGCAACGCACUGUGGCUGCUGUUGUCGUUGGAACAACGUCCUUCGGUGCCUUUUUCUAUAUCGUGGCCUCCAUCAGCAGCCACCUUGAUGUUAGCUGCCCUUUUACGACGCCGGCUCUUGCACUCUUAUGUCAUAGCCUGAGCGCGAUUCGAUCGUUCAUAUUGACCUACUUCGAUCUUCCGUUUUCCUUGCUAGCUCGCAGUAUUCCUCUCAACAAGUGGAGCAUUGUGUGGCGUCUCAUCGCUCUUUCUCUUCUUCCACUCAUAUUUUACAUGUGCCUGCAGUAUGUUUUCCCGUUCACUCUGUUGUUGGCUCUUACGGGGGCGUUAUAUUUCUUAACGCCUCCUGAUGGCCAGCCAGUUGUCGAUGCAUCACGCUUCGUGCUCUGGCUUUGCCGGACAUCCCUCGAUCCCGAUGCCGUAUCCACCGCUGCAAAAAGGAUUCCUGAUGUCACUUUUCCCAUUGAUGGUCUCGAAUCAUGGACAGUUUGGGGAAAACUUUUCAGGCUAGUUCGUGACGGGCUCAGAUAUCACUCUCCAUCCCCUGCGAUCUUGAUAUAUGCGAAAGCAUUGACUUCUCUGUAUUUUACUGCCCGCAUAAGCAAGAAUCGGUUUUCACCAUUUUUUAGCCAAGUCGUCAACACUAAAGACCUAGAAACACUUCGUGUAGAUGUGCACUCCAGUCAUGAAGCGACAUCAUUGUGCUUUGUGUUGACUGUGCUUCAGCGAUGGUUCAACGUCGUCAACAACUCAUGGUUUCGUGGGAUGCAAGAAGGAAAGGAUAUCAUCAACGCGCUUGGCCCAGCCAUCAAUCUCGAUGACGUACCCAACGAUACUCUUGAAUGGUUCUUGUAUCCUCUAUUACAUGGCCUUUGCGGAGCGCCACUGCCAUGGUACAAUGAGGACGACCAUCGCUGUCGCUUGUUUUUGCAACCCCUGGCGAUCUAUAUUAUCCGCAGGCUGCUGCCUAUCGAUCGAUCACGUCCACUUCCUUCCCGCAAAGCCAUUAUGAGAUGUCUUCAGAUCAUGAUCGCGAUCCUCGAUUGGCGGUCGAUCGAUCUCAAGGCAAUCAAAACUACAGAUAAUAAGUACUAGACCUGACCUCGAUGUGGAAUAAAGGCUGAUCAUCGAAUGCAUGCAGUGACAACAUUGAAACAAUCUUCCCCCGUGUCCUUAA